GAAAUUGAAUUCAAAUCGAGGCCGAAGAUUCUUCCAAGAUGGAGGCGCAGUUCUUGGAAGGUUUUAGUAAUGAAGCCUUAUUAUUUCUAAUUGCAUUGAUUCUUUUACCCACGAUGGCGACAUACUUCUGGACAAGAGCCGGUAAUACGGACCAUAUGGUUCAUCCAGAGCAAAGAGCAACAGUACUGGAAGCUAGGGAGCACAGAGCUGCCUCAGAGAGGAGCCAGCACCAUGUCAACAACGGCGAUAGUGAAACCCAGCAACAAAGACGUCAGAUACCAAACGAUGUGAGAUUUGAGCAAUGUCCAAUAUGCUUAGACCAAAUCGCAAUACCUACAGAGACUAACUGCGGUCAUUUAUUCUGCGCGGCCUGUAUUGUAGCCUAUUGGGAGGCUGGUUCGUGGUUACGUGGUAUGAACUGUCCGAUUUGCAGACAAGAGGUGUCCCUCUUGUUGACAACGAAUCUACACGAAGAACCCUUGUCUGAGAGCGCACAACAAAGCCUUUCACGGAUACGUGCUUACAAUCUUCGAUUCUCUGGGGAACCUAGAACCUUAUUUCAGUACAUCCAAGAUUUCCCAGUGCUUUUUAGGCAUCUCAUGUGGGAAUUGUUUUCUGUUGAUGGUUUGAUGACAAUGUUCCGAAUAAGGAUCCUGCUUUACAUGUCUCUUACCGUAAUCUACAUCAUUUCACCAUUAGAUCUUAUCCCUGAAGCCAUAACUGGAGUGCUUGGAUUUGUGGACGAUAUAAUUAUUUUGUUAGUUGUACUUGUGUAUGCUACUGUUCUAUACCGUUACCAUGUUACUGGAGAAUAGCCAGCUUUACUAAUAAAAUAAAUCACCUACCAUUGAUAAAGUUAGAUGUUCAUGAAGUUUUUUUGUAAUCAAUAGAAAUUUCUUUUAAAAAAUAUUGUUUAAUGUCUCAUCAUUGGUUUAUCUUAGUGGACAAAAAAUUCUGCUGCCAAAACAUGGGGUUUUGCCAUGCAGGGGAAGGGGCUUCUUUAGCAAAAUUUCAGACUUCACACAACCACAGUCCUCCCUUGUGCAAAAAAGCUACUGAUGCCACUGCCUUAAUCUGGUAAGGGAUGCUAAAAUGUACUUGGUCCAGCCAUACCAUUAACUUAUAUGUUGGAUCUGAUAAUUUUGAAAGAACAAACUUUUAUUCACUGGCAGAUUGAUUAUUUUUUAAACAGGUAUGUUGAAACCUGUUGUAUGUAGGGAUAGACCAAAAACAAAGCUUUGAACAAUGCAGAUUUAUAACUGGAGCUCCUUUCUGCCAGAAAAAUGUUGCAUCUUCAAUGUU